CGGCGCGCCGACGCGGAGAUGGCGCUCCGAUCAGCCGGCGGCCUGGGUCAUUUGACUGCCCGCGGCGCGCAGGGCUGCAGGGCAACCUGCUUGCGCCCGUCGCUGCACCCCUGCGAGCAGCGCUCGGCGGCGGGCAGCCCUUGCGGGGCCAGCAAGCACCUGCUUGACCAAGGCUGUACCACCCUCAUACGAGCUUGUAGAGCACCGGCUGCCAGCGGAGCGCCGCGUUUGAUCCCGUGGGCCCACCGGGACGACCGUGACGCGCCAUGGAGACGUUGGAGACGUUGCUUGCCUGCGUCUACCCCGAGGCCGGGAGCGGCGACUCCGACUCGGAGGACGAGGGUUGUGUUGGCUGCGCCUGCGACGUCGCGAUCCUCGACGAGGGCGUCGAGGAGGCGGCGCGGCGCCCCGACGCAGUAGAAAUGAAGGAACUCACGGCCUGGAGCCGCGAGCGGCUCAAUAAACUAAAACGCCACCGCGCCGAGGCGGUCAAGCUGCGGAGCGUCCUCCUGCGUUUCAGAGAGAAGACGAGGAAGCCGUCGAAGCCGCACACCGCCCGCUACGAGGACGCCGUCGCGGCUGGGUGGCGCGCGUUGGCCCUCGACGGCGCUGAGCUCAUGCCGCUCCUCAGCACGAUCAGCCAGGCGGAACUGGACCACGAAGCGACGCUCGCAGCCACACGGUUAGGCAAGCCCUUCGAGAAGCCCGGACCGAAUAUUAGGGAGGGCCUGGACUACAUUGAUAUUAGAGGAGACGGCGUGUUACACGUGCGGAUUGCGAACUGGUAUAGAGCACGGGCAAAGCGCGACCACGCGCGAAUGACGCAGAUGGAGCUCGAGGUCGGCGCUUUGCUCGUCGCGGGUGCGCCUACCGAGGUAAAAAACGACGAGGGCCUCACACCGCUCUUGCAGGCUUGCAAGUACGACGCGGGGACGAUCGUGCGGGUGCUCAUCGCCGCCGAGGCCGAGUACCAACAGGUCCAGAACGCGCAGAAGCUGCGACCGUUGCUCCUCGCGGCGCAGGAGAACUCCCCGAAUGCGUUUGAGGUCGUAGCGGACGCGUUGCGGGAGAAGGGCGUGCUCGCGAGCGCCGCGCGGCGCCCGGGCAACGGCUACACGGCGUUGCACUUCGCGGCCAUCGCCGACGCCGCGGACCUGAUUAAGCGCGCGGGCCGGUUCGAUGAGUUUCGGAAGUCCGUCGACGUGCUCUCGUCUGAGGGCGACGUCAAAACCGGCGCGCUCCACAAGUGCGCUAUGUAUGGGCAUUUGGAAGCAAUGACAGCGCUGCUCGAGCUGGGCGCCGACGUCGAUUUGAGGGAUUCGAACGGCGCGACGGCAUUGCAUGUAGCUGCCCUGGCGGCGCGCUUUGAAAAGGACCGGCGACACAAGGCCUGCGUCGACUUGCUGCUGCGGCACGGCGCUUCCAUUGAUGUUGCUGAUGGCCGAGGACGCCUUCUUCGCGACCUCCCAACCUCCAACAACGUCAAGCGCGUGCUCAAACGUAGUACGACGCUACCUGUUGCUGAAAAGGAGAACGCCACCGCCCCCAAGCGCGCGAAUUCCGCGCCCAUCUCCGUAGUGCGCGCGUGAGCGAUCGCAGCCGUGCCCCGCCGACGCGGGACACGUAAAUCGCCGCGCCCAACCCCCUGUCGACUGUCGAAUCGAGUCGCGUGUAACCUUA